UUUCGGAUGCGAUUUCCUAUUGUGCUGGGGCUUUAUAAACAGAGAUAUAUAUCUCAAACACUUGCCUACUGCUUGUCUACAUUGUCGCUGUCCGACUCCAUUUCAUGCACGAUGACCCACUGGCACUCUCGGCGAACGUUCCAUUAGGGCUCUUCAUAAUUCAUGACCGAAUCACCGGCAUACAUUCAAAUGCACAGCCUAGCCUGCACGAUAAUAGAGCUUAAUGGAGUAUUUCGGGUGUGUAGUUGCCAAUUCCCUGUUACAACCAUGUCAAUGGCUCGGAGACUUACCCAUGGAUUUCACUUCUGUCUCCAAGUUCCAAGGAGACCUUCGAGGGUGGAAGACAAGAUAGCCAGCUGGCCCAGUUGGCCUGAGCUGGCCUGAGAGGCUGAGAGGCUGAGAGCAAGAGUAUAAGAGGCCGAGAUGCGGAAUAGAGACCGGCUGCACAUGAUCCUCCCUCCUAGCUCCCCAUUUCGGGCACAAGCACCGGACAACUCAUCCUCGACCUUCAUCGAAGGACUCAAUUAAGACUCAAUUAUCGUGCGACCUCUUCUCUGUGUGCUUCUGGAUUUCCAGCUUGUUCUGCCAGGAUCAUCGAGGCUCAUCUCGCAUUCAGGGAUAGGCCAGCAGCGAGGCUCGCGGAUUUGCGGAUACAGAGCGCACCGCAUUCACGUGUAGAGAGAGCGGCAGAAGGAGAUUGCAGGCAGUCUGGAGCCGCAGUAUCGUCGGAGGUGAGGUUAGUGGAUUAAGCUCCUGCUCCGUCCGUAGUUCAUGACAUGAGUCUCAGCAGGCGGAAGAGGCAGAAAUAGCGAGCAGCUGCUGGUUCACCGACCACUUCUCCUUCCGUCUUUCCCGCUCGCAUAUGUCUUUGGCUACCACGGCAACGCCGGAAAUGGACUCGUCGACUGGGGACGAGGAUACACGUUCUCGCCGCGUGGGCAUUGCUGGGCCACCUCCGAAUUUUCAGUUGCCCGCGGCCAAUUCGGAUGGCGGCUUUGUCCUAUCCUCGUCCCAAGCUCCUCUUUCAUCUCCACCACUACCACCUCGUUCACCUCUCAGACCCACAACACGACGUUUUACCGACUCAUCUUCUGCAUCUGCAUCGUCAUCUGUAUCCACUCCUGGUGACACCGAAAGUGACAUGACCUUGCUGCAUUCUCGCAGCCUCAACACUUUUUCUAAUCUACUCGACAUACAUUCUCGUUCUAGGCGACUGAGCACUCCAGAUAAACCUCUACCUACAACGCCUUCGUCAAUGUCCAUCAACGAUUCUGAUUCUGUCCUGGCAACUUUGCGAUCGGAGGCGUCCUCCCUCCUAGAUACCCCUGCACCUAUGUCCAAACGAACUCAUGCUUUGUUAGAGCUGCUAUCGUCUGAGAGGGCAUUCGCAUCGGAUUUGGCCCUAAUACGCAAUGUCCAUAUACCGCUGGCACUGGGUCAACCAGGACCCUUUCCGGACACACCUGUUACCCCGCCACCAUCGUCCUCUGGUUCUUCGUCUUCACGAGCAGUAUCUACAGCGUCCGAUGCCUCCAGCAGUUCAUCGCUUCCGCCUCCCAUGACCCAAGAUGACGUUAGAAUCAUCUUCAAUAACGUUGCUGAGCUUGCUGAAUUCUCGGGUGCCUUUUCGGAGAGGCUUGAGGAAGCAUUAGGCAACGUAUUGGAGGGUGGCAAUGGCGAUGACCAUGUUGGAGCACUGUUCCUAGAAAUGAUACCCGAAAUUGAACCCAUCUAUACCUUGUAUAUAACCAAGCAUCCCAGUGCGCUGGAGCACCUCUCUUCUCUUCCGCAAACAGCAUCGUUCAUGGCAUACCUUUCAUAUACCCGAGACUACGCACAAAGUCUCUCCCACGCGUGGGACCUACAAUCGCUACUUAUCAAGCCCGUCCAACGACUCCUCAAGUAUGCCCUUCUUCUCUCCGCCAUCAUUGAUGAAACCCCAGAUUCACAUCCAGACAAACCCAACCUCAAGGAAGCACGAUCAAAGAUGGAGACGGUCGCACAUGGGGUGAAUGAAGGCCGGCGACGAAGGGAAGUUGUGAAAGAAGUGUUGACUGGGACCGCCUCCAUGAAGAAGCCUGGCGAGCCUAAGCCGAAGAAGAAGGGUCUCAAUAUGGGCGUUUCGGCCGCAGCUAGCCUGGCACGUAUGAAGACUAUUCGAUCAGCAUCAGCCAAAGCCAAGGAGGGCGUUGAUGGUCAUGCCGAGGCAGCAGCUGUGGCCGAGAUGAACCAGCAGUUGAAGUUGUACGACUCGGCUAUCCGGGACUACGCCAAAGGGUCCGUUCGGUGGGCGGAGUCCGUCAAUAUCUUGAUGGAAAACCUUCGUACUUGGUCAAUCAGCUUUGGCCAAGUGCUCGGGAUCAAGGUAGUUCCCGAAGCACCGGGCGAAGGGUCUUCGGAGGCCUUUAAUGAGUUCAUGUCCGUCAUCGACAAGAUGCUUAUUCCUGCGAGCCAGGCGUUGUCGCAAAUUAUCGAGAAGAAGCUUCUGGUUCAGCUCGCCAAAUUGAGAGAGACGACCGCAGCUCCAGAGCGCCUUCUCGAAGCCAUGUAUACCCUUGAGCCACUUCACUACGGUCUGCUGAAUAUCAAUGUCUCCAAGACCCGCCCUUCACCACAACUUCUUGAAGCUUCCAAGUCCUACGUCGCCUUGCGUGGCCAACUGUACGCGGAACUUCCUCGAUACUUACAACUCUUGCAGAAGGGGAUUCAUGCAACGGUUAUGCAGUUGACCGAAUGGCAGGCCCGGUUUUGGGGCGAGGUCCUUGAUGGUUGGGUUGGGUUGUGGGAUGCUCUCAAGAUAGAAGGCGAAGCUCGCAGUGACGCCGAGGAGACAAAACGGGUCUGGGAGUUCCGUUUCUUGGAUAACCAGAAGGACUUUGAAGGCUUGAAUAUCCUUCAGCUCCCGCGGCAGACGAAGAAGGAGAAGGACAGUGAAUAUGCUCAGAAGUCACGUUCACGCUCCAAGAGUCAUUCGUUCGAAACCGCGUCCGCGAUGAGUUCCAAUGCGGCUCUUUCUAUGCUGGCAUCUUUGGAACCCAUGCAUGCAUCACCCAAAUCGCCAAACGCCAUGAUGGCACGAAGUACUCAUUCGAUUGAGUCUGGUCGACAUGGGCUCAGUCGGCGUGAUUCGAACGAAAGUCUGCGGUCAAAGAAGUCCGGCAAGUCCGGCAAAUAUUCAUCUCACCAACAUACCCCAAGUAGCACGUCGUUACGUUCGUAUCAACAGGAGGAUAAAAGUUCCAUCUUUAGUUCGGUUCUGUCUGGUCGGUCCCCUACAAAGCCAGCAUACAGUCGGACGAAGAGCAUGCCGAUCUCUUUGCCAAUGCAACUCAGGCGAGCCAAUUCACAGGGUCGGUUGCUUGAUGCAGAUUUCGGUGAUGGGCCUGGUGCUAGCUCAAGCAGCCUUCUUUAUGCCGAACCUAUUGAAGAAACGGAUGACCGAGGACGUUCUUCUCGGAAGCCUGGUUUGCGAAGACGACUUACGGACAGUCUACGGCCGAGUCCUGCACCGUCUUCUAGACACCGACGUUCACCAUCCUUACCGGCGACUACAUCGUCCCCAUCAUACAAUCAGCUCACAUUCAAUCUCAGUUCCCAGACCUUGCCGACACUAUAUACGUGUCGUGUUGUACAUGCCUGCGAACCUCCUCCGGGAGUUUCGUACUAUGAUCUGCCGUUUUUCACGCUUCGACCUGGAGAUUUGUAUGAUGUCUUGCAAGAAUGCGGUCAUCCAUCGACACACAAGGAUUUGCCAUUGUUUGUUGAUGAUGGAGAAGACUGUGUGCUUUUGGUUCGGAACAAGAUGGGAAUGUUGGGUUGGGUUUUGGCCAGUUUCUUGCUUCCGGCGGACUAGGUAUCUUUCAUAUAUAUAUUCUUUGCAUAUUUCUUUCUUUCAUUGCUUGCUUGCCACGACAAUGCUCCCAUCUUUCUUUCACAUUUGGUUCAUCGUCAUCUUUCCCUUUUUUUUUGUGGUUUUCUUUUUCUCCAUGCUCAUCUAACGUACCCUAGAAGCUAUCGUCAAUUCUGCUGGUUGUAUUCUAUAAUUUGCGUCGGAAGUUUGUCUUGUAGUUGUGUUGUAUCAACAAAAUUAGCAUCGUGUAUCCCUCUCAGUCACUAUGAUGAAUUCAAUGCAAUACGUUUUGUUUCACAUGUGGAGAAUACC